AUGCAAGAUGCGGGCGUGGGCAGCGUCUACGGCGCAUUCCCGAAUUUCACUCUUCCCAUGUAUUACGUCCCGCGCCUUCUUGCGGCCAUGGCGUUGGCUGCCAGCGCCGUCUCGGCGGGCCUCUGCACCGCCGUGCCACCCGUCUCAUACGCCGCAGCGGCCCAAAAACCGCACUUGAAACCUGUCGUCGACGUGUUGCGCGAGUAUGCGACCGCGACCUGGUACACGGACCGCGGUGGUGACUCGAUCUCGGAAUUGCUCUCAAAAUGCGCCGGCGCCACCCCUGUCAUUGUCAUCUAUGGUCUUCCGGGCAAGGACUGCGCGGGGCACUACUCGUCGAACGGCGGCAACCAGUCGCCGGCCGACUAUGCGCGCUGGAUCGACAGCCUCGUGUCCCGCGUCGGCAACACCAACGUCAUUUACAUCCUCGAGCCGGAUGCGAUUGGCAAUUUGGCCAACAACGAGUGCGCGACACAACGAGGGUACCUCCCGAACCUCAAGGUCGCGCUCACAAAGCUCUCGUCGAAUGCAAACGCGCAGAUCUACGCCGAUGUCGCGGGCUGGGCCAAUCAAGGCGCGGCGCAAGAGGUGCUGUCCAACCUCAAGUCGGCCGGUCGCCUUAACGGCAUUGCCAUCAACACGUCCAACUACAAGGACACGAACACGCUCAAGAGCAUUUGCCAAGCGUACUCGAGUGCGACCGGUGGUCUCCACUGCGUCUUUGAUACCUCGCGCAACUACCGUGGGUCGCCUCAAAGCGAGUGGUGCAACGCCAAGUCGGGUGGCAUUGGCGCGCCGCCGGGGACACCGACAGGCAGCUCGAUUGUCGACCACUACCUCUGGAUCAAGGUGCCGGGGGAGAGCGACGGGGGGUGCGACAACGGCACGCACUCGUCCGACGCGAGCAAGGGGCCUGCCGCCGGUGAGUUCUUUGAGAACCACUUGGCGCAGCUGUGGGACCAAGGUUACUUUGUCAGCGAAAAAGGCAUGCCCAAGAUCGGCGGCAACUGGGGCAACCAACCGUCGCCGCAACCAUCGCCGCAACCGUCGCCGAGCACAAGUGCACCCGCGACGUCGACACCGGCACCAACAACCGAGACCCCGGCACCGACAACGGAAACAGUGACACCGGCACCGACCAAUGCGACGACAACGACACCGGCACCCACGACGACGACGACCGAAGAGCCCGCCUCGGUGACCGAAGCAGCGUCGAUUGCGCCGACGACCAAGCCGAUGGCGACAACCGCGGCCGCCAACGUUGUGAGCGUCCAGUCGGGCGGCGAAGAGUCGUCGAGCAACGGCAUUGUGAUUGCGCUUGCGUCGCUCGUCGGUGUCGCGGCGGUCGUGGCCGCGGUCCUUGCGGCCGUCGUCAUCCGAAAGCGCAACUUGCGCGAGAAGGACGACGACAUGAUCGAACGCGACUCGCGCGGCAUCGUCGUGCUCGUGGGUACCUCCCGGUACAGCGAAGCCGUGCUCUAAGCCCAACAUGCGCCUUUGCUCCAUCCGUCAGU